AUGCUCUCCAUACACUUUCCAGACGAAACAUGGUCCAAGUUCAACAACAGCAUUUUAGGUCGACUAAUCGUGACACGGCCUAGUGCGGCUGUAUGCCAUGUCGAAGAUUUUGACAGUGAAGCAUGCACAAUUGCGAAAGAAUAUUGGACAGUCAGUGACUGGCGAACUGAUCAGCCUGGAGCCUACACAGCGGUGCUCUGGGAGUAUGGUCCGGUCGAUCAAUGCUUCAUUAACACUACAGCAGAAGCACUAUGCGACCAAGGCUAUGUGCCGCACUACUCUGUCAAUGCGUCUUCAGUUGCGGACAUACAGGCAGCUGUCAAAUUCGCAGACGAGAACGAUGUUCUGUUGACCGUGAAGAAUACUGGUCAUGACCACCUUGGUCGCUCCAGCUCACCUGGCGGAGGACUCAGUAUCUGGACUCAUGGUAUGAGAGGCAUAGAAUGGCAUGCUGCUUUUGUGCCAGAGAAUGCACCUGCCGAUGUAUCCACAUACCCUGCUGUUACCGUUUCAGCUGGUGAGCAAUGGAUCGAUGUGUAUGCUGCAGCAGCUGAGCAGAAGCGUGUUGUCGUUGGUGGCCACGCAAGAACAGUUGGUGCAGCAGGCGGAUGGUUCACAGGUGGCGGUCAUUCUGCAUGGUCGAACAAAUAUGGUCUAGGCAUUGACAAUGUCCUGGAGCUUCAUAUAGUCACUGCCGCUGGUGAGCACAAGACUUUGAACAAAUAUACCAACUCCGACUAUUUUUGGGCGAUUCGAGGAGGUGGUGGCUGUGCCUUUGGCGUUAUCACGUCCGUAAUAUACAGGACCUACCCAGAACCAAAUCAUAUUCAAGCAGUCUUUGUCCAAGUCAACGCCACAUCCGUUGAGUCAUUCAAACAAGCAAUAGAAGGAACUUUCCAAGCAAUCGACGCCAUGACAGCAGCAGGCUAUACAGGCUACGCUUACAUCCAGAGACCAGCAGACGGUACGCCAGCGCAACCCACAGGCUUCGGUGGUUUCUUCAAUCUAGCCGACGGCAACGAGCUGACACUCGCAAGCUCAGCACGAUUCCUAGAACUCAACGCAAUAGCAGGCGUCUCCUCCUUUGUCUUUCCUGUCGAGUACCCGUCUUGGAAAGCUUACACAGACAUGUACCUAACAGACCUCAACAUCGCCCAAAACGUCAUCGACGCCUCACGCCUACUCACGCCCUCAGUCAUCUACAACAGAACCAAGCUCGACCCUCUCCUAGACAUGAUUGUUGAAUACGGUGCCGGCUUCAACUUCAUCGGUCGAGUCAAGAACGAUACUCGAGCCGAAACAGCAGUUCAUCCAGCCUGGGCUGAGUCAGUCGGUGUCCUCAGCUUCGGAGCAAACUGGCAUGACGAAGCAUUACUCGAGGAAAAACGUGCGAAGAAAGAGAUGGUGAUUGAACAGAGCAGACGGUUGAGCAAGAUCUUCGGACCAGGUCAGGGCACAUACGUCAAUGAGGCUAAUCCGUUUGAGCCCGAGUGGCAGGACGUUUUCUGGGGAUCGAACUAUGAGAGAUUGCUCGAGAUUAAGAGGAAGGUCGAUCCGACGACUUUGUUUGUUUGUAAUCGAUGUGUUGGAACGGAUAUGAUUUUUGAACCUUGA